ACCAGAAACUACAGGGCAAUAAGUCUUAAAAACCGUUAGCAAUUAAUUUUCAGAAUAAUCCUUAAACGGUCCACAGCCUAAUUGCGUUUCAAUUUCCAUGAAGGAUGUAAAACGCGCAAUGGCUCUAAUGAGGUUAUGAGACUCAGAAGAAGGAUAUGGGAGCAUUUCCACUAAGAUGUCAGUAUCUGCGAUGUAUUCUGGGCUGAGUGGAAAUUUCAGUGGAAGUAGCCUAUUAGUAGGAAAAACGCUUCCUGUAACCGCGUAUCGUACAUAUAAAUGGAGCAGGGCAGAGGAGGGGGGCGCAGAAAACUUGACACAGCAUUCAAGUGAUGGUCAGUCAACCAGUGUACACUUUCCGCUACGAGCCUACGCCAACGACGUGUCUUAUUAUCACAGACAGUGCGGAGUAACCCACAUCGGACAGGUCACCGCGUCGGCGAGACAGAAUAAAAAGUGAGCUUCAGUUCUUGGCGACUAAUCUACUACUUCAGCCAGGACGCGCACGGGACCUGGAAGCACCGGAUCGCAUUAGCUGUUCUGUGCGCUCUCUCCUCGCAGUCUGCCGGUGUUCAGAGGAUGACCACAGUGGCUCAGCGAAGAUCCAUGACUUCACAAGCUUUGCUUUUGCCUUAAUAAAGCAGCCUUUAAGAGGACAUAUUUUGGACCGGACAAACUCCGAAGUUGCGCACAGUUUAAUUUCUUACUGCUGUGUGCGCGGAAAGUGAUCAGUGUCUGGUGACGUUAUAAAGGUGCCCUGAAAAAAAGAGCUCACAUUUUUUCCCUUCAAUCCUCGGGAACUAUGGGCGAACUGCGCAAGCAUUUCAUUAUGGGACUGGUGUUACUGAUGUGCACGCUGACUGACCACUGCGGCGAGAGCGCGCCGUCAACGGUCCCAUUGGGGGAUGCAUCGGCCGGCGUGGACGCGCAGCAAAAUUUCAGGCGGAUGGCUGAGAUCGUGAAACAGGUGGAGGGGAGCCGGGGACGCCACAGUGCCAAAACAGAAGCGCCGAAAAUCUCGCGGGAGACAAGCUCUCCGGGGGAACAGAAGGAUUUUCGGGACUUGAAAGCGAUCAGAGAGAAUCAGGCUAUCGCUGUAUUUCCCAGAGAUCUAAGAAAGAAGGAGAAGUUCAUAAAAUAUUUAACAGGUCCACUCUACUUCAGCCCCAAGUGCAGGAAGUCAGUAUACAAACUCUACCACCAAACUAGAGACUGCACGAUACCUGCAUACUUCAAAAGAUGUGCGCGACUUCUGACAAGGUUAGCAGGCAGCCCACAGUGCACAGAGGGGUAGCACACACCAGGUCGAAGUCGCACACGAGUACUCCAGAAGAAAAAAAAACUUGGGAAAAAAGUGCCUUGGACAGUAAGAGGGAAGCCUAAAUCUGAACAGCCCCUACCAAUACUAGGCACAGUAUUGUCAUUCACUGAGGUCUCCUUCUGCUAAGGCGUGAAUGGCUGCCACCCACCACUCAGGCUGGGCCUUGAUGGUUAGUUGUCACCACAUGGGAGCAACCCAGGCAACAAAAACCAGACCAGGAUAAAGACAGUGAAACUGAAGAGAGGAGAAGAAAAAAGAAACGAGCGGCUGAGACACACUAACCUGGGGCCUCUUUCAUGCUGGGAUCCAAAAAAGAUGUUGCUAAAACACAAUAAGAACAUAUUUUUCUUCAUUUAUUUUGUUCAAGGAAAGAACAAAAUCCAGAUAUACUCGACCCCGCCUGUACUACCGUUUACGCAGACAAAAAAGUUUUCACAGACCUCCAGCUGGCAGUCAGUGCAUAGUUUCAGCCACUUGUGCUCACACUGAGAAAGAACUGUGAUUAAAUUAUUAAUUGCAUGAACAUUUCUCUGCAUCUUUGUGAAAAAAAGAUUUAAAAUAAAACAAACAAACAAAAAAACAAGUGGUGGUUGUAAGUCACAGCCCUCCUGCGGAUCUUGGUGGAGCACAGUACAGAGUACAGUUGUGUAUUUGAGUCAUCAAACGGUACCAUUGUACAUAAUGUAGGCCAUGACCUUUUAAUGCGGGAGUAAUGUGUACAUACUGUAAAGGAAAACACAAGAAGAAGCCACCUAUCUACCAUAAAUUAACAUGACUGGCAUUUACCAAAGGGGUGUUCAAUAUAUAUAAAUAUAAACCAUAGAUAUAUUUAAAAAUGAAAUAUAUUUAAAUAAAUUAUGAGAUUGGUACAAAUAUGAAUCGUCUUUGCUGUCUCGUGCAGUAUUUUGCUUUGCA